AUGUCAAUAGUUGUUGAAAGAGUUAAGGCUAAAUAUUCGCCACCAAAUUAUAUUAUAUUUAAUACUCCUAGUAUAAUUAUCCUCUUCAAGGGUAUGUAAAAAGGUGUUUCACUAUAGCUUGUAUAUUUAUUCAUCAGCAUGAAAAUUAUUGUCAAAGAUGAGAUUAUCAUUGAGGGUAUGUACAUCAGGAUUGGAAGCUAGAAUAAUCCUAAAGUAAACCAAUCCGAUCUAAACUUAGCAACCUGA